AUGGAAUCAACAUUGGAUCAGUUGGAAGCGUCAUUAACUGACAUUUCACUUACAUAUACCAGUCAAUCGCUUAUGGAAUACAAUGUGACACCGAGUAAUAGAAGACGAUUAAUGGAAACACCAGAAGAAAGAGCACAAAGAACUCAGGCAAUUCGAUUGAAUGAAACGCAAAAAGAAAGACAUCAACGAAUUGAGUCUAAUCGUCAACGAGUCACUGACAGUCGAUUGAAUGAAACGCAAGAAGAAAGACAUCAACGAAUUGAGUCUAAUCGUCAACGAAUUACUAACAGUCGAUUGAAUGAAACGCAAAAAGAAAGACAUCAACGAAUUGAGUCUAAUCGUCAACGAGUCACUGACAGUCGAUUGAAUGAAACGCAUGAAGAAAGACAUCAACGAAUUAUUGGUGAUAAUCGUCGCAUAACUGAACGGAGAACAAACGAAACACAACAAGAAAGAGUACAAAGAAUUGAAACCGAGCGCCAACGAAUAACUGAACGAUUGAAUAACGAAACACAAGAAGAAAGACAAAAUUCWCAACAUCAAAGAGAAGACGAUAGAAAUAGACAUCAUAAUCAAUAUCAUCAAUUGGGACGCUUUUAUAAAUCAUUUCGAGGCAAUGCCAGACCUGAAAGGAAUGACUUUGACAGGAUGGAUCGCAAGUGUCAACAUUGUGGAUCUAUGUUUUGGGUGAUAGAAAAAACACAUGGAUCAAAAAACGAGCCCAAGUAUUCAAAGUGUUGUAAAAAAGGACUCAUAAUUUUGCCACCGUUUCAACAAAUUCCAGACGAACUCAACAUUUUAAUGACAAACCCUAAUUAUAGACAUCAAUUUUUAAGCAAUAUUCGUGCAUAUAAUUCUAACUUUUCUUUUGUUUCAGUCGGCGCAAAGGUGGAGGAACCUACGCGUGAUGGUUUGUGUGCAUUCAAAAUUCAAGGAAACAUGUAUCACCGUAUGGGAUCAGUUUUGCCACAACCUGGAGCGAGCCCUCGAUUUAUGCAAUUGUAUUUUUACGACACUGAACAUGAGUUGAACAAUCGAAUGACAGUAAUGAAUGGUCGUAAUCAAAACAUUGUCAACAUUUUAAUACCAAUGAUGCGCGAAAAUAAUCCAUAUGUAAACAAUUUGAAGAUGACAAUUGAUCAGUUGGAUAACAACGUUUCACAAGAUAUUGACAUAAGGAUUUUAGCAGAAGGUCCAUCAAUCGAUAGACGAACAUAUAACGCGCCAACAGCUUCCGAUUUUGCUGCAAUAAUACCGCAAGAAAAUUGCAACUGUCCAUUGGAUAUUAAAAUUAAAUUAAAGUCAGAUGAAGUUCAACACAUAAACCAUAAUCACCGUUCGUUUGACGCACUGGUAUAUGCACUGUUGUUUCCUAAAGGUGAUUUUGGUUGGCAUUUUUCGGUCAAAAGUCUCAACACUGCACACACAAAGAAAGUAACAGCAAUGCAGUACUACAAUUAUGUGCUUCACUACAGAACGAAUUCACAUAUUCAUAGAUGCAGACGUUUAUAUCAACAGUUUGCAGUAGAUUCUUGGGUUAAGAUAGAGAGUAGUCGUCUAAGUUGGAUUCGAUUUAAUCAACAACAACUUAGAGCAUCAGAUUAUCGACACAUAAGAGACGCAAUUGAUAAUGACAUACCAACAAACAAUAUUGGAAAAUAUACACAAUUUUACCGUCAACCAUCUCUAUUUAUUACAUUCACAUGUAAUCCAAAAUGGCUUGAAAUAACAAGAGAAUUGGGAAUUGGCGAGACGGCAAAUGACAGACAAGAUUUGAUUGUAAGAAUAUUUCAACAAAAGUGUAAAGAAUUAGAUGAAGAUCUUCGAAAAAGACAUAAACGCGGACUCCCUCAUCAACAUGGAAUCUAUUGGUUAGAUGAAGCGGAUAAACUGAGAAACGUAGAAGAUUAUAACACUGUUGUUUGUACCGAAAUACCGAGUGAUGAUGUUAUACUAAAAGAGACAAUUACAAAAUGUAUGAUUCAUGGACCCUGUGGCCCGGCAUAUCCAUCAUCGCCAUGUAUGAAAGAUAACAAAUGUUCUAAAGGAUAUCCGAUGGCAUUUGUUGACAAGACAUAUCUCAACAAAAAAGGAUUUGUAAAAUAUCAAAGAAGAAAUGAUGGUCAAGUUGUUAAUAUAAGAAGUCAAGAUACAGUUUCAGCAGAUAAUCAAUUCAUUGUACCUUAUAAUCGAGGACUAAGCAGGAAUUACAAUGCACAUAUAAAUGUAGAAGUUUGUUCAACAAUACAAAGUUGCAAAUAUCUGUUCAAGUACACUCACAAAGGAAAGGAUAAUGCAAUGGCAGGAUUGUCUGAACAAAAUAGUGGUAACGACGAAAUAAAGUUAUAUCAAGACAGUAGAUGGGUUUCAACAACCGAAUCGCUAUGGCAUAUAUUUGGCUAUGGAAUGCACUCAAAUACACCAGCUGUUUAUCGUCUACCUGUACAUCUUGAGAACCGACAAAUUAUAACAUUUAGAGGAACUACAGAAGUUGAUCAGUUGACAAUACCAAAAGAAACAGAACUAACGCGAUGGAUGGCAUUUAACAAUAAUAGUUCUGAAGGUCGUCAUCUGCUAUACCCUGAGUUUUCUCAACAUUAUACUUUUCAAAAUAAUCAUUGGAAAAAAAGAUGUAGACAACAAUUGACGCCAAUCGGAAGAAUUUAUACAGUUCAUCCAUCAGAAGGAGAGUUGUAUUACUUUCGAUUAUUAUUAUUUCAUAUUAGUAGAGCAAAAUCAUAUCAGGACAUGAGAACAGCAAAAGGACAAGUAUGUGCAACAUUUAAAUCGACCGCUGAAGCAUUAGGACUUCUAGAACAAGACAAGGAAUGGGAUCUCUGUCUUAAUGAAGCAAUAAUUACACAAAGUGGUAAACAAAUUCGUGAGUUGUUUGCCACAAUUUUAGUAUUUGGUCAACCAACGAGUCCUAAAAGUCUGUGGGAAAAAUAUAAAACAAGUAUGACUGAAGAUUAUGUUAGAGAUCAACAAAGAAGACAUGAUGAAGACUACGAGAUUACUGAACAAAUAAUUAAUAUUUUUAUAAAUAACGCCUUAAAAGAUAUUCAAUCGCAUUUAGAAGCAAAUAGCAAAUUUUUAAGUGAUUUUCCUGAAAUGCCAACAGUAAAUAAUAACUUAAUAAAUGGAACAUCAAGGCUUAUACUUGAUGAAAUAGAAGACAAUCCGGAACUAAUACGACCAGAAGUUGAGAUAAAUGAAAAACUAUUAAAUGAAGAUCAAAAGAAAGCCUAUUUAGAAAUAAUCAAUGCCGUUAACAGUAAUGCAGAAAACAGUUUUUUCUCAACGCUGCUGGUGGUAGAACAGCCCAUUCACGAUUCAAAAUCCCCAUUCCAAUUGAUGAAUCUUCGAGCUGCAGGAUUUCGUGCCAAAGCGAUACAGCCGAACUUAUACAAAAAGCACUACCAGUUGUCAAACACGGAACAGCAAGCGAUACGAUCGAUUCCUGUAUCACUCGAUAGUACCUCUGAUUUUUUGCUAUCAAUAAAAGAAAGUAGAAGCCCAUACAAUGAAGAAUUCAUUGAUCUACCCGAAGCUAUAUGUUCCAAAUCUAUGUCAUUAGAAGAUUUUCUUAAUGAAUUACCAUCAAUCAAUGACUGGACAAUUGUUGCCGCAAAGAAUGAUCAUGUUGAUGAAAUCAAUAAUAUAUUAAUUGAUAAAUUUGAAGGCGAUGAAAUUGAGUAUUUUAGUGCAAAUUCAUUAGUUGAAAAAGAUAAACAUGGACAGUUUACUGAUGAAUUUUUGGCGAGUCUCCAUUUUUCAGGUCUUCCUUCUCAUAAAUUGAUUUUGAAGAAAGACUAUCCUGUAAUGUUGUUGCGCAAUAUAAACCCAUCUAUUGGUCUUUGUAAUGGAACAACACUAAUCUGCAAAGAAUUUCAUCGUUUAUCCAUUGUAGCCGAAAUUAAGAAAGGAAAGAAUCAAGGACGACAAGUAGUUAUUCCAAGAAUUGAUUUGAUUCCAUCAGACACCGAUUUGCCUUUUUUAUUCAAACGGAGACAAUUUAAAAUAAAGCCAGCAUUUGCAAUGACGAUCAACAAAAGUCAAGGAUAA